AUGGGGGUUGACUAUUACGACUUAUUAGAAGUCCAAAAAUCCGCAAGUGAUGACGACUUGAAGAAGGCGUAUCGGAAGCUUGCCAUGAAAUGGCAUCCGGACAAGAAUCCGGACAACAAGAAAGCAGCCGAAGCUAAAUUCAAGCAAAUCUCGGAGGCGUACGAGGUAUUAAGUGAUCCCGAGAAGCGACAAAUCUACGAUCAGUACGGCGAGGAGGGUUUGAAAGGGCAGGCUGCACCCGGAGGGGGGUCGUACAGCAGUCAUGGAGGUCACUCGCAUGGCAACUUCCGUUUCAACCCACGAAGCGCUGAGGACAUAUUCGCGGAGGUCUUCGGCGGACACAGUCCGUUUGGAGGGGCUUACGGACCCGGAUUUGGCGGGAUGGGUGGCAUGGGUGGUAUGCCAAGUGGUCGAUUCAGUCGCAUGGGGAGCGCCAACGGAUCUUCCAGGAAGAUGAAGAUCUCACGCAACAUCAUAGAUGCAAACGGGUAG